GUGACUAUACACAACAAAUAUGGAAAUGAACUAUGUAGCAUGUUUUUUGAAACACCAAAUACCAAUCGGUCCUUCGAAUCGUGGCUCAAAGAAUCUACAUUAUUUGGAUGGAGCUACAAACUACCAACUGAUGCCAAAUUCCAGACAGGGCGCCCAUUUUUCGAUUUGUAUGUAUCUGACAACACCGAUGACGAUAAAGCUUGGAUUGCUGUUGCUUUGUGGAAUUCUUCCAUCGUCAGCCUUACCAACCAUACGCCUAUGUUCUUGUGUUCGACCAGCCAUGACCAACCGCACACACUGAUGAAAGAGACCAUAGCUACCGUACCACCAGUCACAUUGACCGUUGGUGGAUGUUAUCCCUGGUAUAACACAGCCUCCAACCUAGCAUUUACCAACACGGCGUCCAUGACAGUCGAAAUGUGCAUGACUGAAUGUGUAUCACAGGCUACUGUUUACGCGUUCCUAGAGUCCGGUAACAAGUGUAACUGUGGAGACAUAAUAGGAGCCUCGAUAGACUCACCAGGACACUGUGGGGGAGGGUGCGCGGGGGACAGUGCCCAGGUCUGUGGAACGACAGACGGAUUUUUUAUUGCAUAUGCUACAGGAGUCGGUGCAGGUUCCCAGGCUACCAAUUCUCCAACAACCGGUUCGUCCAGCGUGUCGCAUGAUGGCGUUCCAGGGUCCACGAUGUCGACAGUACUUUUGACUUCUGUGACAAAAACAAUCUUGGCAGGAGAUUUGAAUACAACUGUUGAGUUGACAUCCCCUACAUCCGGGUCACUUCUCUACAUUCGGGCAGUGGAGCUUUUGUACAAGGACAACUCUAAUACACCUGUGACUUCAACAUACAGCGUAUGGUACCAAUUACAUCCCGAAGGAGAACACAUCUUGGCAACAACAUUCGACCAGUCCAGCUAUCCACAGUUUUACCCGACAGACGGAGGAAGGAUUGAUCUGGAUGUGUUGCCAGCCUGGAAUCUUACCUUUGUAUUUUCCUCCACCCCUACUGAUGGACAGGCUGUGAUUACAAUAUAUACAAUCGGAGAUGAUGAUUUUGUGACCGGAUAUUUGUUUAGCAUAAUGAGUUUCAAGUCGAUUGAUGUGACAACAACAACAGCACAGGAGACACCAUCAACCACAGACACAGCGUCAACAAUAAGUGAAACAUCUACAAAGGCAGUAGAAACAACAACUAUCGAAAACGCUACCGCGGCCGAAACAACAACUCCAGAAGAAACAACUCAAUCAGAAAUAGCAACAACAACUAUCGAAUUAACAACACCACAUAUCGAAACAUCAACUGCGGGAAGUACAACAUCAAUGCAAGAAACAACAAUGUCAGUGGCAACAACAGAUUCAGAUGAAACAACAGCUUCAAAUGAAAUAACGACGAUAACACAUUUAGGCGAAACAACAACUGCAGUAAGUGCAAACUCAGUGGGAACAGAAACAACAGCUACUUUAUCAACAACAGAUCAAACGGCAUUAGUAACUGUGACAGCCAGUGUGUGUCUGUGUACAUGUGUUACUUCCAAUUUUAAUCUAACUGCAGAACAGUUAGAGGAGACGAUACAGGAAUUAAAGAAAUCAUUAACCGUAUCUAAAACCGAGCUAUCAUCCUAUAAAAGAAAACUUAUCAGUGCACCGGAUAGUCGACAGUCAGCAGCUAGCAUCGGAUAUGUCGGAGUGCUUGUAAUAGGAUUUGUUUUUGGGUCAGUCGUAUUUUGUGAUGGUAUAUCGCUUUAUCGCGCACUCGCGAAAAAAUAAAAAAAAGUGUUUACUCUUUGGUGGGAAAUAUUUUCUGAACAUUAAAUGCCUAUUAAGCAGCAACAUGAACACAAUGAUAAUAGUUUGUUUUGACAAGGAUUCAAUAAGUUAUACAGUGAAGCCUAUUAUCACUAUCGCUGAUGACAGAAAAUAAAAGGUGCAGGAUUUACUACAAUUCCGCGAUAGCAUAAGUAACAAUACAUCACUGCCCAUCCAGUGAGCACAUUAUUCAUCAAAGCACUGACGUGAUAAUGAUAUUGCAUUUAAUUUCCAAAGUUUUCAUAAAUAACAAUAAAAAUAUUUUCUACCACGAACAGUAAUACACCAGCAACAAUUUAAAGUGUAACUACGGAGAGAAUACUAAAUAAAAAAGUAUUACCCCUGAUACUAGUGUUUCUUAAGAGAUGUUCACAGUGUUACUACAUCGAGAAUAUUCAAACUGUAACUAGUGUUUCUUUAGACUGUUUACAGUGUUACUAUUGAGACAAUAUUACUGCUGUAACCAGUGUUUCUAUAGACAGUUUACAGUGUAGCUACGGAGAGAAAAUUACUGCUGUAACAAAUAUUUCGAUAAGCACAUGUUAUUGUGUAGCUACGGAGGAAAAAAUACUGCUGUAAUCAACGUUUUUAUAGCCACAUGUUAAAGUGUAGCUACGGAGAAAAAUAUAUUGCUGUAACCAGUGUUUCUAUAGCCACAUAUUACAGUGUAGCUACGGAGAGAAUAAUUAUUACUGUUGUAACUAACGUUUCUAUAGACACAUGUUACAGUAUACAUAUAGCUACGGAGUAAAAAAUGCUGUAACCAGUGUUUCAAUGACUCAUGCUACAGUGUAGCUACAUAGAAUAUUAUUGCUGUAACCAGUGUUUCUAGAGACAGUUUACAGUGUACUUACGGGAGAAAAUUAUUGCUGUAACCAGUGUUUCUAUAGACAACUUACAGUGCAACUAAGGAGAGAAAAUUACUACUGUAACCAAUAUUUCGAUAAGCACAUGCUAUAGUGUAGCUUCGGAGGAAAAUAAUAAUGCUGUAACCAAUGUUUCUAUUUGCACAUGUUACAGUGUAGCUACUACGACCGCUUAAGUGAUUAUUGUGUUUAUAUUGCAUUUUUUGUUAUUAUCAUGUUAAUACUAUUAAAAUAAACAAGCGAGUGUUACCAUGUCACAUUAGUAUCUAUUAUAUAUGUGUGUAUUUAAUUGUUAUUUUUGUUGUUUUUUCUGCAAUGUUCACCAAAGUUUGUUGAAUAGAAAGGAGGUGCAGGACGUUAGGGACUGAAACUGGAUUAACUAGGACAUUGUAACGGUAUUUUAUUAUUUUAAAUGUCUCAGGUGGUGACUCUCAAAUUGAUCAACAAAGACAAUGUAUUGUUGUAUGAAGUGUAUGCUUCCGUUAAUACCCCCAUCCCUAGUCCCACCCCAAUUCAAGACAAUGCCCUUGUCAUUAAGAGUGCUUUGUGUGUAAGUUACGUUUCUAAAAUAAAUAUUCUCAUUGUAUAAGGUGUUUUCAUGAUUUUAUUGUCUUCUAUCAUUAUUGUAUGUGCCUUCCUUCACUAGAUACUAGAUAAGCCUGCGUGGAGUAACAUAAUAAUGAUUUGUGACCUCAUGCAGGCAUUGCGGUAUCAGGUUAUCUGGACAAAACUAUUACCAUAGGAGACCUCUAAUCAUCCAACGGGUUGAUUUUAAAAUGUUUUAUAUUUAUCAAUCAAAACAUCAACAAUGAGUGAAAAUAUCUGUCAACGAAUGAAUUCCUGGAGGGAAAUGGAAGUAUUCGAAAUAAUUAAUUUUCGCAAAAUGUAAAAGUCAAAGGUAUAUGUAAAACAACUGUGUCUUGCAAAGCAUUAUUGAGAAAAUACUGAAUGUAAAUGUAAAAAUCUGUUUCUUUGCUAAAUAUGAAAGAAAAGAAAUAUCUAUCUCGCUAAAUGUUAUUGUUACAAUUUGUAUCUUUUUAAGUCAAAUACAAACUAUCACCUUAAGCGGGACAGUUUUGUUUAUUCUCAAAUUGUCCAUGGGUAUCAACAAAUGGAUCACUCUAAAAUCUAUGCAUAAAAGGAGUGCUGUAUACCAUUUUGAUUGCGUUGUUGCUCAAUUAAUACAUAAUUCAAUAAUCAUAUUUUAAUCAUUUUCGAGGAAGGUGAAAUGGAAAUCGUAUUUAAUGUGUAUAUGAAUAGACACAAAGCAGAUUUUAACAGGACGAUGUGAUUUGUAUUGUAUUUACCUGUAUUUUUACAAUAGAGAAUAGAUACAUACACAAACUGAAACACAGAAUCAUGUGUAUGGUGAGGGUGAAGGUACUAGGAUCUCUAUAAACGGGACAACAUACCUUCCUUAGUAUACACAUGGUAUAUUAUUUAUGGUAAUUACUUUAUGUAGUCAAACGUAAAUAGUUGAAAUUGAUAUUUUUUUGUACCGGCUAUAUAAUGAUAGAGCCAAGAGAUUGUCCUUCAGUAAACAAUAAACUGAUU